AACAUCUGUGUGGAGACGCUUCGAGAAGGCAAUCACAGGAGUCUACAAUGCUGUAUCCAAAGACAGAGCUCUGUGAUGGACUGUCCUUCAGGACCUGCAGGGUUUUCAUUAUUCUUCUAACACAGUGUUUAACAGUUUGCGUUGCAGAGCAGUCAGAGUUGAUUUGUUCACAUCAACCAAUCGUAGCCCUGCCUGGUGAUGAUGUCAUUCUACCAUGUUACCUUGAAUCUCCAAUCAGUGCCAGUUCUGAGACAGUGGAGUGGACCAGACCUGGUUUAGACCCAAAGUACAUCCAUGUUCACCGAGAUGGACGACCUGCAAAUCUAUUUCAAAAUCCAUCUUAUUUUUACCGAACAAGACUGUUUGUGGAUGAACUGCAGAAUGGAAACGUCUCCAUGAAAAUCUUCAGAGUGAAAAUCUCUGAUGCAGGAAAAUACUUUUGCUUCCUUCGAUCAAUGUCGAAGAAAGCUUCCAUCCAACUCACUGUUGGUGUCGUCUCCACUCCCAUCAUAGAGGUUGUCUCCAAUAACAGUAGAAGAAUAGUUUUACAGUGUGAGUCUAAAGGCUGGUAUCCAGAGCCUGAGCUGGUCUGGCUGGACGGUGAGGGAAACCUCCUCUCUGCUGGACCUACAGAGACAGUCAGAGGUCCUGAUGACCUCUAUACUGUCAGCAGCAGAGUGACUGUGGAGAAGAAACACAGCAACAACUUCACCUGUAGAGUCCAACAGAAGGACAUCAACCAGACCAGAGAGACACACAUCUAUGUUCCAGAUGAUUCAUUCACAGUUCAGUCGUCUCCUGAUUGGAUUCUGAUCAUCGGCACUCCUGUUUGUAUUAUUGUGCUGUUCAUCAUUAUCUCUCUGACAAUAUGCACAAAGAAGAUCCGGGACAAAGUAAAUUCACAGAGAAAGAAAAUAAAAAACGAAAUAAUUUCACAGUGGGAGAGAUGUAUGAACAGCUGAAUGUAAAGGAGGCAGCGUUUGUGAUUCCAACAAAGCCAACAUUGAUGCAGAAUGCUUUUCAAUCUAUGUGAGCAGGUGUUGUCUUUGAGCCAGUGAAAAGGCUGCAGACACACAGUGAAGAAGUG